AUGGCGGCCUCAUCUGUGGACUCGUUCCACACUGCUCAGGAUACGGUCGAUGAUGAUCUGACCGACGAGCAGAUCGAAGAGCUUCUCGCUCGCGCCACAGAACGCUUGAAGGAAAAAGCGAAGCAACAGCAGCUAACCAAGAAGGUCGAAGGACAGCACUUGACAUUCCCGAAACUGGACGUAGGACCCCUCGAGAAGCCCUAUGUCGAGACCAAGGGCCAUGUCGCCAAGGUAGACUCUGCGCGGUUGUUGGAAGACAAGCAUCGCAAGCAGGCAAACGGCAUCAGGAAGGCUGAAGACCCGGUCACUGCGAAGAAGCUCGCUGCAGAGAAGAAAAAAGCUACUGCCGGCGACAAAUGGUUCGACCUGCCCAAGACCGAUCUCACGCCAGAACUCAAGCGCGACUUGCAGCUCCUCAAGAUGCGUGGUGUGCUUGAUCCCCACCGCCACUACAAGAAAGAGAACGGCAAGAUGCAGGCACCCGAGUACAGCCAAGUUGGAACUAUCGUCGAGGGUCCCACAGAAUACUUCACCGGCCGCAUCGAGAACAAGAAGCGCAAGCGGACGUUUGUCGAGGAAGUGCUGGCUGGCGAGCAGGAGACCCAUCGCUUCAAGAGGAAGUAUGGCGAAUAUCAGAACAAGACCACGUCGGGCAAGAAGGCGUUCUACAAGGACCUCAAGGCGAAGAGGAAGGGUGGGGUCAAGAAGGGUUCUGCUGGUUGA